CUGUAAAGAGCAGCAUAAAACGCCGGCCAACAUUAUAAAUAUUGUUUUGAAAGUAAAUUACAUAUUUAAAAAUGGUUUUAAUAGCUCCAAUAUCUUUGCCAAUAGAAGAUCUGAUGUAUACAUCAGAAAAUGUUCAGUUGAAAAUUGAUACUAAAAUCAUCGGUAGUGGUACAAUUUAUAUCAGAGAGAGUUGCCUAUCUUGGCAACCAGUAAGCGCUCCUCACGGCAUUUCAAUACCAUGGAAACAUAUUGGUGUACAUGCGAAAGCAUCAGAUCCAAAGAAAUGUAUUUAUUUAACACUUAAUCACAAAUUAAUUUGGCCAGGACCAUAUGAAGCAGAUGUAGCUGGUAACGGACAUGCUAAUCUAAAUAACGAACAAAUGAAUCAACAAGAUGCUAAUGAUGAUGAUGAAGGUAACGCUUCGGAUGAAGGUGAUUCUGCUGGGACUGAGUGUUGGUUCGUACCAACUGAUGCUAGCGUUGUAGAUGCUUUAUAUUUGCGUAUGUGCGAUUGUCAAGCAUUGCAUCCAGACUCUAAUGACAGCGUUUCUGAAGAAAGUGAUUUCGAUAUGAAUAGUAUUGAUGAGGACAAUGAUGAUGAUGCCGAUUUAGGACCAAUGAAUGAUGCUAAUGAUGUUAGACAUGCACAAGGAAGCAUGCGCAAUUUAAGUCUAGAGGAUAAUCGUUUUGCCGAUGCAGACUGAAUCUAAUCUAACAUACUCACAUAGUUUUCAAUUGUACAAUUUAUUU